AGAGUGAUUCCGUUCGCAUGUCAUUCCAGCAAGGAACUGAAUCCUUCCGUGUCUUUCCUUUCGAGUGCAUGCUGUUGAGUAUUCCCGCGACCAUACCCGUACCCGCUCUGCGGUAGCACGAGGUCGGCCAUGCGUCACUUCGUGGACAGGCGAGCGGAGAUCGAGACGUCGUCAUCAGUUUUAGAAGGUUCGGCGAACCCGCGUCGAUGUGCGGCCAACCCGGCAUGCGGUGGGUCUCCCGAGCUCAGAGAUAAACUCGACCAAGGAACUGAGCUCCGACCGUCCUUCAGUACAGUCCAAGGCUUCGUGUGAUGCCACCGAGGCUUGCUCGCGAGCAGAGAUCCCCAAUGGCGCAGCAAAGUUGCGAGUGCUCCGCUAGCCUUGGUCGCGCGAGAGAGUGAUACCGCCGGCGCUGACAAACAGCUCGACCGUGACCAGAUAACGAGCGGAGCUCGACGGUGAGAGUGGAGGAGAGCUGUUACUCUUGCAGCUAUGGGAGCUCCAAUAGUUGCGCGUGAUCCCUAUUGCGGGGUCGAUACGAUCGCAGAAGACAGGCGCAUAGCUAUGAGCGGAGUAGGUCUACUGGCCCCUGCAGUCGGCCCAGAGCAGUGUCGAUGUCUAACGUCAAGGUUUGAGAGCGCUACACACGCUUCACUGCGUGAGCUUGAGAACAGCGUUGGAGACCCUGCAGAAUGUGCAGAUGCAGGACAAAUCGUAGUGUUAGUUCACGUCGAUUUCGCACCCCUUCUCGAGCUCCCGUGUAUUGUUUGGCGAGGUCUCCGCAGUACUACUACUAGCAAAACAGUGCGAACGGCAGCGCUAAAGACCUGGUCAAGCACCAAUUUCUUGCGCGAGGCUUCAAAAUAUCACUCGUAGCUGCAGUUUCAACAAAUCCACUAUUCCGGUGACUGAAUACUAGUAUACUUGGGCCUGAAAUUACCCGCUGGAUAUCUCUGAUGUCCGCACUCGAAUUUACGAGACGUUUGCGGAGAGGCCACGCACUUCUCUGCCUCUUUUCGUUGUCGAAAAUAGAAGUACAGUGACGAUCGGCGUGGCUUGCAUUUGGCAAAAUUGAUUGGCCUAACGGCAAGAAGAAAGAGAAGGGAAGAUGUUUUGCCAGGCACAUUGUUCCAUCUUCCAGCAGUGGUUAUGGGCCGAGCACUGGACGCUGAUUCGAGCACUGGUGCCUCAGGCUAGAUGAGCUCUCAGAAUCACGAGCAUAGAUGCGAUGGCGAAGAAGCCUUCGUCGAUGAGCAGCUACCUUACAACGGGCAGCAAUGCAGAAAGUGGCAGCAAGGAUUCUCAGCAGCCGACGUGCACCGGCUGUGGAAAGCGUAUCGGUGAUCGAUAUCUGCUCAGAGCAGGCGAUCAGGAAUGGCACGAUACGUGUAUGGUCUGCUGUGUUUGUGGAAGUCCACUACGAGGUCUGACAGCCUACUGUCGCAGCGGAAAGCUGUUCUGUGACAAGGACUACGAACGGUUGAGUCGUAAGUGCGGAGCGCCCGGCUGCGGCGGGCCGCUGCUGCCUGGAGAGGAGGUGCGGGUGAUGGGCACUCGGCUGCUGCACUCGUCUUGCUGUGUGUGCACCGGCUGCGGACGCCCUCUGGGCAGUCACGAUCUGUACCAGUUCACGGCGACUGGGCAUCUCCUGUGCGAUCGGCAGCAUGGGCAUGGACAGGUACAGGAGGACUUCAUCGACCUUCUGGGUCUGGCGACCGACGAGGAUUUCUGCGGCGUGGUGGACGACAAAGGAAACUUGAAACCCGAAGACUUUGAUCCCGAUGAGAUGCUCUACACGACAGGCGAAGGUGAUGUCAGCGGACUGUUCGAUUUUUCCCUCUCUCCAAUGGAGGCACACGACAGCUUGAAGUCUUCCCUGUCGCAGGCAAGGGAGUCUGGCGGUAAUGCCGACGAGGGUAUGCAUGGAAUACUUGAGAAGCAGGAGCAGCUGCAGCUUACACUUUCAACGAGCCAGUCACCAGUAAAAGGGCUCUGCAAUAGUCCGACUGUUCCAUAUGUAACCGAGGGAAUCCCGCCAUAUGGAGCAGCAGCUACAGGCCGAACAAGCACAGUCAUGCCAUCCAGGAAGUCAGGGUUCGACCUGAGUCCGUGUCUUACUGACACUGCGGAUCUGAUGUCUCCGUUCACCAGAGGAACAUCGCACACAGAGAGCGGGACGGAGAGUCGUCCCACGUCUGCUGCCAGCAUAUCGCGUCGCCAGUCAGUGUCAAGCUCGCAGUCCAUGUCUCUGGCGACACCGAUGGAUGACUGUUCGACCGACCUCGGGCAGGACCUUGACCUGGAAUUGAGUUUGUCUGAACCGUGCGAGUCGCUGAAGGAAGAACCCCUGGAUCCUGCUCAACCACCGAAGAAACGCCCGCGAGGACCUCGGACAAAGAUAACUGAGAAGCAGCUACGGUUGUUGAAAACUGCGUAUGAUGAGAACCGGCACCCUAGCAGUCAAGUGCAAGAACGAUUGCAGGAGGAUACCUUACUGACACGCAACGUUAUCAAGGUUUGGUUUCAGAACCGGCGCUCGACUGAAAAACGGCACGAGAAGAAGCUUCUGGAGGCAACGCAAAGCGAUUCGACGGCAGCUGAGCUCAAGGACUCGUCUGACGCUCUAGAUUUGCAGGCGAAGGGUUCGUCUCCACAGGAUGCUGGGCAGCGGCCCAGAAAACGGAAUCGUCGGAAGCGAGACCUGGAAGCGGCCAACAGCGCGGUCAGCUCCACGACCAACAACCUGGAGCUGGGAUCGGUCACCGUCAGCCAGGCCUCGCCGGGACUGGACAGCUCGGCCAGCGUCGGCGGUAGGCCCGUCACCACAACCUCGGCGUCCAGCGCUACUACAGUGGUGUUGGCGGCGGCCAGCACCUACACCGGCGGAGCUGCCGCCGCUUCGCACAUCAAGGCCAUUGCCAACAUCUCCACUCUGUCGGACACAGCAGAGGCGGCGAACACGGCGAAGGCCGCGUCGGAGACGACGGCAACGUUGAACACGGAAGCCGCGUCCGUCUUGUGAACUUCACGGCAAGUGCUACAGAGGAUGUGGACAGGACUGAGGCAGCGAACAUAGCGGCUUCAUCGGACACAACGGCAACGUCGAACACGGAAGCCGCAUCCAUCUCGUGAGUCUCACGCCAUGUACUACAGGGAAUCUGCUUCGUUUGCUGACAACGCUAAAUCUCUCGUCGAAAUCGCAACCAUCUUCUGGAUGCUGCAUUGAAGGCGACGGCCACUGUGAAAUGGAUUGUCCCGGAAGUUUUGGGGCACGGUCUUGCACCCUGUGGCCAGCGUGAAGGAUGAUGAGAGCAAGUCUGCAAGUAACCCCCCCCCCCCCCCAAACCCCUCUCUCACUCACACCUGGCUCGCAUGCUGACAAUGUUGUUGCUGGCAUUGGUCUGUCAUCUCCCUCAGCAGUUCGUCGCCGAGCAUGCAACGCACAGUGUCGAACAUGGUGGCCAGGACUCAUGAAAGUGACAAAGAGUACUACAGUUCCGUCACUCGUUCGGCAUCAAUCUCGCGCGCUCCAGGAUAGGUGCCGUGAAGCAAUAAGUACCUGCAUGAAUACCUGCUGGCACUAAGUGUUGUCCAACUUCCAGCCAUCUCUCAAAGUAAGCGAUACAUGUGCCUCGUCGCUUAUCAGACCGCCCAGUCUCACGGUACCGUCGUCAAACCAUCUCUUCCGCUCGUUGUAAGCUCAUCAGAAGAGCUAAAAGGUGGUUUACUAGACAAGAAAACGAUGCUCUACAUAGUCUCGCCCCUCAGUGCAUGUGUUGGGGGUAGGUGGGGGUCACAUAAGAUAUAAUUGAGUUUGGGAGCCUCCGAGGUCUCUCCCAUCAACCGCUCCUCGCGACAGUGAUUUCAAGGCAUCCUGACGAAGGCCAUCGUACGCGAGCAUUGAGCGCUAUCACGAGUGAACGACCUGCGAGGGGUCUGUUGCUCAUCGUGCCUGUCAUGAUCGUGUGCCACCGUUGGCGUGAGCCGGCCGCUGAGGCAGGAACACGUGGUCACCAUGCUGUGUUCAAUGCGGGCUGCUUGGUGUUAUCAGGCUCGCAUUGAGUGCUAUCACGAGUGCUAUCACAAGUGAACGACCUGCGAGAGGUCUGUCGCUGAUCGUGCCAGUCAUGAGCGUGUGCCACCACUGCUCCGAGCCUGCUGCUGAGGCAGGAACACGUGGUCACCAUGCUGUGUUCAAUGCCGGCUGCUUGGUGUUAUCAGUCGUGCCGGAACCUGUACGGUUGGUGAGGUUAUCACCGGACCAACCUUGAGGACACCGACCUGUGUUUACCAGCGUGGGGGGCAUGUGUAUCUGCCCUAGCAUACACAAUGUAUGAAAGAUGUUGCUCUCGGACCAAUCAAAAACUGGUUCCGUUGGUUCUGGAUGCUAUUAGAUCUUUCCAGCACUGAGCACACACCGGAUAUCUUGUUAGUGUGGCUACCUGAUCAAUGUUCUUUAUUCAAUGCUGGCUGCUUACUAGUACGUUGUUGGAGUGGCUUCAUGUUCAAUGUGCUGUAUUCAAUGCUGGCCGCCAGAUUUUACAAUCAGGUCUGCGACGUCGAGCGCACAUCAGAUACCUUGUUCGAGUGGCCAACAAGAAAGACCUGCACCCAUCAUCAUUCAUCUCUGGUACGCCGAACUCUCACGGCCUUCUACUAUAAACGGCUGAGGUUUUCAUGUUCACACCCAGAUCCAUGCGCCAAAGUGGACACAUGCUCAGUCCCGACAAGACACACUGAGUCCCGAUUUGAUGCGUUAGAAAAAGAUCACUAUGUGAAAUACCUUUUUCCGAAGACGCAUCAGUAUCUUACCCGAGCAGUUGACUCAAAGUUAGAGGGAACCUUCUGAAGUACUUCCCACUCCUGUUGUUGUUGUUGUUGUUGUUGUUGAAUUCUUUAUUCUCACGAUGGCACCAUCGCCAAUAAGAGAUUUGUUGUUGUUGUUGUUGUUGCUUUUGUCAAUUUCUUGAAAUGUUGAAGCAAUCACUUGAAGCACUGCUUUCAAAUUUAGUUCAUCUGUGUACCCUGAAAGGUUUCUAUUAAUUAUUAGGCCGUUUUGCUUUUUUAAAUCUUUUUUCGUUAACAAUUUAUCAAGAAAGGGGUUUCCUUUUCAACUUUCCUUAUAUUUGGCUCCCCAGCUUCAUGUCACUGUUUGAAGUGUUUCGUUGUGGUUUAUCGAAAUGCAGUUUGACUAUUGGGGAGGUUUCGCUCUACGUAA